AGACUUCAAUCCCCACCCCACCCAACCCAAGUUGUGUAUAUAUUUGACCGACAUACAGCUCUGCUCAGAUGAAGAUCUGCUAAAUGUCAGGAUGAAGCUACUUGCUCUGCUCCUGCUGUUGGGGGUUGUCUACCCGUCCCUGAACGAGGUAGUGCAGUCAUUUAAAGCGAAGUGUCCCGAAUUCUUUGUCAAAAACCAACAUAAUCACGAGGUCACUCCCCCAACCCUUCUAAAGGGAAACCAGUUUAAAUGCAUUUGUCAGCGUUGGAAGGGAAAAUACAGAUAUGCCACUCUGUACGACAUCAAGCGCAGGAUUCCUAUCUACUCCGCCUACAAGUUUGAAGGUAAAAAAGACAUCCCACGAGAUGGAUAUUGGAAAACUGAACCUCAGCUCGACGAGUGUCUGAAACCAGAGAACAGGGAGAUGAGAGAGAUGAGACCAGCCCAAGAAGAAACACUACCUUUUAAAAAUCAAGCUCGAAAUAAUGACUACCCUCGGGCUGGUGCCUACACCAGAGGCCACCUGUUUCCUAACAGCUAUGCAGCGGAUGCUGACCAGGCCGAGUCCACCUUUACACUUACCAAUGCAGCUCCUCAGAUGCAAGACAGCAACGAAGCAUGGGCGAGAGAGGUGGAGGAACUGAUGAGGGUAGAAAUAGAGAAAAAUUGCAUGGUAAAUGAAACAUUUCCAGCCUACAUUGUGACUGGAGUGGUUCCGGGAGAUGUAUGGGUAGCAAUAGAAAGAGAACGAAGAACCAUUACACAGGGAGUUAACAUUCCCAGUCACUACUGGUCCGCUUACUUGUGCAUUAAUAGUGCCUCAAGCCGACUGUCCCGUGCUUUCCUCGCUCAGCAAAUCUACGAAAUAAAACCCAAUCGCAAAACCAAAUUUAAGAAAAGCAACAUGACUGUUGCUGAUCUGGAGAGUAAACUCACUGGUCUGUUUAAGCUGUUAAAUCAGACAUUUCGUGUGUUCUAGAAGAGUUUAGUGUUAACCUGCUCUCUUACUGUGUGUGUGUAUUUUUGAUCAUUGUCUAGUUAUCACACUCAUACACUCACAACUUAAGCAGCUGUUUUGUGUGCUGUUUUAGUGUUAAUCUGCUCUCUUACCGUUUGUGUAUUUCUG